GCAUCAGCGCAUGUGUAUACAGAGGGUAUAGGUUACGUUUUUACAUACAUUUAUAUUUAUAUCAUUUAUAUAUAAUACAUAUAUACAUUUGCAUAAAUAAAUAAAAAAUAAAUUUAAAUAAAUAUAUAUGUACAUUUACAUAUAAUAACAAAAUAUGAGUGACUGUCUAGUAAUUAAUUAUUUGUGUAUUAUUUAAAUUUUUUAAUUACAAGAUAUUUAUUUAUUGACAAAAGAUAAGUUUUAAUUAUUAAUAAUAACAAUAAAUAUACAUAUAUAUUUAAAUAUAUAUAUAUUUAAAAAAUGGCAGAUAACCACAGCGAUAGUAACAAUAAUUUUAAUGGUAUUCUACCUCUGCGGGAAAGUUUGAUAAAUACAGCAGUUAAAUUUUUGAGAAACCCGCAAGUGUCAUCGAGCUCUUCGAACAAAAAAUAUAUAUUUUUAAAAAAUAAGGGUCUCACGGAUGAGGAAAUAAAAAAGUCAUUUGAACUCGCGGCAGCAGCACUUCCAGUUGAUAAUAAAAAUGAAUUUACUGCAAUAUCUAUUCCUUCCUAUAAUAAUAAUAAUAAUAAUUAUGUUAGUAGUAAUUAUUUAAUACAACAACCAAAGUGGAUUUAUAUUAUCAAAGAAUUUUUUAAUGUUACCGCCUUUAUCGGGACUACUUUUUACUGCAUUUACUGGUGUUACAAGAAAUUUAUCGAGCCAUUUUUAUUCAAACGUAAGCCUCCAUCAAAACCUGACGACAGUAACGAAAUAAUUCUGAAAGACGUCAAAGAAAUGAAGGAGUCCAUAGCCAACGUUGAAGAAAACGUAAACAAACUAACGUGCAAUCACACACCGGACCCAACAGUUCCACAACUGAUACAAGAAUUGAAACAAGACUUAGCUAGUUUAAAAGGUCUACUAUUAUCCCGCAAACAAUUUCCAAGUGCGCCGCCUUCGAUUCCUACCUGGCAGCUGGAUGACGCCUCGAAUCAGAAUCGCGAAAAAACAACCGAAGACGAUGCCGCGAGUGGCAGCAGCGCAAAUAAUUCUGACAGUUCACUAGAAAUGAUACGGGAAGACCCCAAAUAAAUUUCUUUUAUUAUCAUAUAUAUUAUAUAUAUAUAUAUACUUAUUGAUAAAUUAAUGAACAAUAGUUAUGUCGAUCACCAAAAAUAAACCCGACCCAAUAAAAUAAAUUUUUUUUAUACUUUUAAUAAAAUUAUUUAAUUUUUUUUUUUUAUUUAAAACAAAUUUUAGUUCUGUAGUCAAAGUUUUGAAUUUAAAAAUUCAAAUUUACGCGGGAAUUGUAGAUAAUAAAAAUGAUGGUUUUUUUAUG